AUGGACGACUACCCGUCAUACUCAAUUGCUCAGUCGCAAGACCAGGAAUGGCUCAGGAAACAGAGCAACAAGGAAUAUCGUAUAGCAGCACGAAGGGAGAAGAGAAACCGAAAGGCGGAUGAGAAGAAGCAGAGAAAGCUCAAUGCCACAAUACUGCGUCGCAUGACAAGGAACCCCGACAAAUACAACAAGAAUGCUGAUCGCAACCGGAUGCGAGAAAUCGAAUGGGAACGGCGCAACAUAUGGCAACAAGCCGUCAAACAAGCACAGCGACUGGCGGCUGUUCACGAUCCCAGUGGCCUCAUGUUCAAUGUGAGCCCGGUUGUGACCCUGGAAGAUGGGUCAGUGAUUACUGAAGAAGCUCUGAAACGGCGCAGAGAAAGGGUGGCUGCAAAUGCGGCCAGAGAGCAGGACACAGCGAUCAAUGGCGCCACGCAACAUGUUGACAAACGGCCACCCGAAGAAGCGCAGCAGAUUACUUCGGCGUCCGCAAAGAGGUAUGAAGCUUGCGGUAAUAGCAUGGACCCAGAUCGACUGGCCCAAAUUGAGAUUGAACGCAGACUGCGGGUACCCGGCCGCAGUAAGAGUCAAGUCAAGAAGCUAGCUAGACACGAACCCAGACCUCCCCCACCAAAGCCACUCAUCCCGAACACUAUCUCACUAUUUGAAGACGAAGAGAAUUACCUGGGCCUUUGGGAUUUAGAUGACAGCGAGUUAGAGCGAAGAAUCUUUAGAGAGAAAAAGCAGAAAGCAGCAGCCCGAAAGGCGCUCCGUCUUAGGCAGCAGUCUGGGAAAGAUGAGCGGCGUAUGGCAAGGGAUGAGAAGCGCAGGGUUUAUAGGGAUCUGAAGCAAGAGUGGAGGGAUAUAAAGCAAGCAACCACGCGCGAGAAAACACGACUAAAUGCGCUUGAAGACGAGGAAUCUAAGAAAGUUGCUGUUAGAAUCUGUGAAACUGAGCGACAGAGAGCCAUGGCAUGCUGUGCGAUCUUAGGCUUUACUUUUGAGAAUACCAAAGGUGUUGAUGACAUCAAGCCCAGGGCGCUAGGCAUGAAGGACAAUAAUGUGGAUUUUGACGCAAUCGAGAAAGGAGAUUUCAGACUUGGCAAGGAACAGAGAGCUUCCAAUAAAAGAGUGAAUCUCGGUGAUGUACCACUCCAAGCCAGCGACGAGUAUAUACCUACCGCGCGUCAUAGCCAAGAGGUAAAUCCGGGCGAAUUUAUUGCAAUCGAUGGGGGCGGGGGCAGCGGCUUUGAGACCCUCAGCUAUAACCAUAAACUCCGUCGGAAGCUCCGCCGAGCCAUCGAAUAUGCAGAAAUAGAAAAAGAAACCUUGGUCCGCCAGCGAGGUUUAGAGUGGUAUGGCGCAGAAAGUCUUGACGUUCCCAACAUAUUACGCACUGCUACAAAGCCGGUCAAUGAGAAGAAGCCUAGGAUCUUGGAAAAUGGCACUCUCGAGACUGCCAAACAAGAAAGGAUUCGUACACGGGUAAGUUUAGUCGAGUUCAACGACAGAAUGCGGGUUCUCCGCAGACAGGCCAAAGAGAGGGCCGUUUUUGCAGGCCUUCAAAAACAUGCAGAGGUCUCUGGUAAAUUGCCUGCCGAGGACGCCAAACCCGGACAAAGUCUAGAUCUAGAAUUUGGAGAUGCUGACAAGGGAGGUUCACCGGCGAGAGCGCACGAGAGCUAUGUGAAGACGAACCACGAGUUAUUGAAGACCAAUCAGGACUCGGAAACAAGCACUGAGAACGAGAGCGAGAGCGACUACUCUCUCCUUGGACCUUGA